AUGUCGAAACUAGCCCAAUUGGCGAGAGCCAGAUCGAAACAAAGAGAAUCACAAGAAAGCAUCAACCUAGAUCAACCCCAAGAACAAUCAAAACCAAUAUCUAAACUAGCAGCAUUAGCAAAUGCAAGAUCAAAAUCUAAUAAUCUAUCAUCAGAAAGCACCACCACCACCACAACAACAACACCACGAUCGGUUGCCAUUCUUGACAGACUAACAAGUACUACCCCACCAUCAGAACACAAGAAACAAUUACCUCGUAAACCAUUGAUUUUCACCAAGAAACAAUCUACAAAAGAGACUAGUCCAUCACCAGUACCGUCACUGAUACCCAUAGCAACCACUACACUGAAGAGAGAAACCACUCCUCAGAUUAUAUUUGAUAUCAAACUCGAUGAAUCAAUAGUGACAAGACAACCUAAAAGAGAUGUAUCCAUAUUUUUGUUUCACGAUAGACAGCCCGAAUGUGUGGAGAAUGAACAGAAACGAAGACGAUUAUAUGACUCGAUUUUUCAUCCAAUUACUAACUUAAACUUAUCCCUAGAAAAAAUCACCAAAGUCAAAGAAAACUUUGCUAAACCAUCUCCAGAUGAUGUAGUUUUGGAAGCUCAGAAGCAAGCUUUUGAAGGUGUCAAAAAUCUUAAAAUCACACCUGAUCAACAACAAUCUAAAAAACCCAAGGAAACCAAACCAUUUAAGAAGAUUGAUAUUGCCAAAGAAAUUGCUUCUUCCUCCGAUUAUAUUAAACCAAGAAAAUCAUUUGUUGUUAUUGGACACGUUGAUGCUGGUAAAUCAACUUUAAUGGGAAGACUUUUAUUUGAUUUUGGAAUUGUUGAUGCGAAAACCGUUAACAAGUUAGUCAAAGAAGCCGAAAAGGCAGGUAAAGGGUCAUUUGCAUUGGCAUGGGUUAUGGAUCAAACUGAAGAGGAAAGAUCCCAUGGUGUUACUGUUGAUAUUUGUGCCACAGAUUUUGAAACUUCAACCACUAAAUUCACUGCAAUUGAUGCACCUGGCCAUAAGGAUUUCGUUCCACAAAUGAUUGGCGGUGUUUCCCAAGCUGAUUUUGCGUUAUUGGUGGUUGAUUCCAUUUCUGGUGAAUUUGAAGCUGGGUUUGCCUUGGACGGACAAACUAAAGAACAUACGAUUUUGGCCAAGAACUUUGGUAUUGAGAAAAUAUGUGUUGCUGUAAACAAAAUGGAUAAAGAAGAUUGGAAUGAAAAUAGAUUUGACGCCAUCAAGACCCAAAUGACUGAAUUUUUAACUGGACCCGAUGUUGAAUUUAGACCAGAUCAAAUUGAUUUUGUUCCAAUUUCAGGUUUGACUGGUAACAAUGUUGUCAAACGUGACGACUCCAUCCAAGAAUUCAAAUGGUAUAAUGGUCCAACCCUUGCCCAGUAUAUUGAGAAUGUUGAACUUGAAAAAACUUCAGACAAAGUCACUUCGGAACCAUUUUUUGUUUCUGUUCAUGAUGUGUACAAAGAUAAAGGUGAACUUAAAGUCAGUGGUAAAAUCUCCAGUGGGGUCAUUUCAGCUGGUGAGACAAUUGUUGCAUUACCAAGUCAUGAAUCAUUGCAAGUGCAAUCCUUGAAGGUUUCUAAAAAACCAGUGGAUUUUGCCAUUAGUGGAGAAUUAACUCAUUUUGCUUUCAAAACUAGUCAUCUUGAAAAUGAAGAUUCUGAUCCAAUUAGAAUUGGUGAUUUAUUGACCAAACCCGGCUCACCAGUGAAGACUGUCAAUAAAUUCAUUGCUUCGCUUCAUUUAUUCAAUAUGGAUAAACCAUUGUUAGUGGGUAUGCCAUUUGUUUUGUUCAGAAAUAAUACCCAAGUUCCAGCAAGAGUUUCUAAAAUCAUUGAGAUUGUCAAUAGUAAAAAGAAGAAGAAAAAGAUUUUACAUUUAGUUUCAAGACAAACCGCCAUAGUUGAAAUAGAAUUAGAUGGCAACAAAACCCUUCCGUUGACCAAAUAUGAAGAUAACAAGAUUCUUGGAAGAAUUGUUAUUAGAAGAGAAGGUGUUACUAUUGGAGCUGGUACUGUUGUAGAUUUUAGUUCUUCAGAAAAUUGA